UUAUGCUUUGAACAUGAUGAAUUAGCAGAGAGUUGCGCACAAAUCCAAUUCAAGUCAAGAAUCCCUCAAAAUCGAUACAAUAGAACCAAAUUGGCUCAAAAAUUAGCGCAGAUUAAUCAGUUCAUCGUAAAUUCAGAUUCUUGAUAUAUAUGAUUCCUUUUCUCCAGUGUCUUCUCUUAGUUUCUCAGAGAUGGUUGAGAGAUCAAACUCACGUUUUCUCGCAGUAAUCAUCACUCGUAAAUCUAUCAUUUUCUUGCUGAUAUCGAUCCUCACCGCCGUCGCAUCUUGGUUCUUAAUCUUUUCUUCCACAAACCCUAACCGAGUUCUCGACUACAUCUCAGUAUCAGAACCCUCAGAUGCACCUCUCAUCAUCAUCAAGAACUCAAACAGUUCUCCUCAAAACAGAGAAGGUGCGGAAACAGAGGAACCCAAAAAUGAAAACAGAGGAGCGGCAAAAACAGAGUCAUUCAUCAAUGAAAACAGAGCCAAAACCCUCCAAUGCAUCGAGAAUAAGGUUUCUCCUUCUCCGACGCCAUUGAAAGUCUACAUGUAUGAUAUGAGUCCAGAGUUUCACUUUGGGUUAUUAGGUUGGAAACCAGAGAGAAACAACGACGUCGUUUGGCCUGAUAUCAGAGUCAAUGUUCCUCACCAUCCAGGUGGUCUUAACUUGCAGCACAGUGUUGAGUAUUGGCUUACGUUAGAUCUUUUGUUCUCUGAGCUCCCAGAAGAUUCUAGAAGCUCUCGUGCUGCGGUACGUGUGAAGAACUCGAGCGAAGCUGAUGUAGUGUUCGUGCCUUUCUUCUCUUCUUUGAGCUAUAACCGAUUCUCUAAGGUUAACCAAAAGCAGAAGAAGAGCCAAGACAGAGAGUUACAGGACAAUUUGGUGAGAUACGUAACGUCUCAAAAAGAGUGGAAGAUCUCAGGAGGGAAGGAUCAUGUG